AUGGCGACCUCUCACGGCCUUGUCGUGCUGAACACACCGUUCGAUUUUGAUCGCUGUACUCUCCGCAUCAUGAAUCCCGGGACCUCCGAGUACAUCGACCUCCCUCUGCACGUCGUGAAAGGUGUCAAAUUGACGUUCGAUGCCAUAUCGGCCGGGGACGUACCCUACGAGUGCGACAUAUUGACCGUCGGGUCCUACGACGGCUCGUGGAGGCACUUGCGCACGGACCGCUUGUCUCGUGAGGCGAAGAGCUUGAUGUCGAUGGGUCCCGGUUUGUCGACCGAAGGUUUCGUGCACUGGGUCCCGUCAUUUGGGGGAGAAAAAGUUUUAGUGUCGGGAGGGAAGAAUUUGACGCUUGUGGUCGCGCUCGGGAUUCUCUCAUGGGAUGUGUGGGAGAUGAAUCCCGAAAUGGGGGUGUGGAGGAAGGCCUUUAGCGUCGGUUUGGAGAAGGAGAUGUGGAGAUUUGAAGAGGUGUUCUUGAAUGAAGAUGAUCGGCUUAUACCAGUCUGGUUGGUUAAACUACCCGGAGGGGAUGGUGUUUGCUCCGAGUAG